CCCAUAUAAAAGGACUGUUCUGAUCUUGAGGGGUUUGUCUCUCCGCCUGUCUCACAGGACAGCUGUCUUCUUGUUGCUUUUAUCUUUUUCUCUUCAUCGUCUGAAAAAUCUCCAUCCGUAGAAAUGGAAGCUGUGAAGAAGAAGAUGCUGAUGCUGAAGCUGGAUAAGGAGAACGCUCUGGACCGAGCCGAGCAGGCAGAGGCUGACAAGAAAGCAGCUGAGGACAGGAGUAAACAGCAUGAAGAUGAACUUCUUCAGAUGCAGAAGAAGCUGAAGGGAACAGAAGAUGAGCUGGAUAAGUACUCAGAAGCUCUGAAGGAUGCUCAGGAGAAGCUGGAGGUGGCUGACAAGAAGGCUGCUGAUGCUGAGGCGGAAGUGGCUUCCCUCAACAGACGCAUUCAGCUUGUGGAGGAGGAGUUGGACCGAGCUCAGGAGAGGCUGGCUACAGCUCUGCAGAAGCUGGAAGAAGCUGAGAAGGCAGCUGAUGAGAGCGAAAGAGGGAUGAAGGUGAUUGAGAACCGAGCUCUGAAGGAUGAAGAAAAGAUGGAGCUCCAGGAGAUUCAGCUGAAAGAAGCCAAACACAUCGCAGAGGAAGCUGAUCGCAAGUAUGAAGAGGUGGCUCGGAAGCUGGUGAUUGUGGAAGGAGAGCUGGAGCGAACGGAGGAAAGGGCAGAACUGGCUGAGGCUAAAUGUGCAGAGCUGGAGGAAGAACUGAAGAACGUCACCAACAACCUGAAGUCUUUAGAGGCUCAGGCUGAGAAGUACUCACAAAAAGAGGACAAGUAUGAGGAAGAAAUCAAGAUCCUCACUGACAAGCUGAAAGAGGCUGAGACCAGAGCCGAGUUUGCUGAGAGGUCCGUAGCCAAGCUGGAGAAGACCAUUGAUGACUUAGAAGAUGAGCUAUACGCUCAGAAACUGAAGUACAAAGCCAUCAGUGAAGAACUGGACCACGCCCUUAAUGACAUGACCUCCAUCUGAACCCCCACCUCCACCUCAACCCCCCACCCUGACCAUCGCUCCAGCCCAUCUGAUAGACGUUGUUCAGUCUGUGGCUCGUGUUCUGUCCUUGUCUGUUUGUUCAUCAUCAUUUUGCCUUUUCCACUGUGUCAUGGUGCAGAAAAAAACAUGUCUUGAUCAACGAA